GUUCUUGUUACUGGCCCUAUACACAAUAGAGGUUAUGUUGAGGGAGAAGCACGUGGAAGAGUGGGAUUGGUUCCAUUGAGCUACUUGCAGCCAUGUUCCCCACACCGCAAAGCCAUGGUACAGAGAUCAGUACCAGGGCACCUUAAUGCUAGCCCAGAAAGAAUCGCCCAGCUGUACCAGAGCUUGCACAAUGUACAUGUCAUCAACACCCAUGGUUUUCUAAAUGGGGUACCCAGCUGUGCCACUGAUUUACCAGGCAAUAGGAGGCCUUCUUCGAUGGCAACUAGUCGUCCUGAUACCCCAGGCAACUUCCAUGUGGAGAAAAUCAUUAGUAACAACAGCCUCAUGUUGGCAUGGCAACCAGUAGACCUUGACAACAGUGGUUGUAAUAAUGGGGUCAAGGUGACUGGUUACAAGAUUUACAAGAACAACAAGCUGUUGGUACAGCCAAGUAGUAGGCAUGCGUCCAAGGCUAUCAUUGAAAACAUAAGUAUUCAACAGCAACACAGGUUUAGUAUCAAAACAGUGUGCGUGGACGGGCGAACAUCAGAUCUGUCGGAGUUAAUGUACGAAGGUGUAGAGGAAGUUACGUCCGAAGAAAACAGCGAUACCGAGAGCGAAAUGGACAUGGCUCAUGUUCUAAAUGUGGAUGAAUACAAGACUGGCCAGAAACGAGUGUUUAUGGGUGUUUACGAUUAUGAUCCAAGUAAGAACUCUCCGUACGAACACCCAACAUGUGAACUGGCUUUUAAUGCUGGUGACAUAAUUACGGUGUAUGGAAGACAAAGAGGUGAUGGCUUCUACUACGCAGAGUUAAAUGGUGUACGGGGUCUGGUCCCUACUUUCUUCAUUGAGGAGAUGCCUCAACCUCCACCCAGGACCAAGAAGAUAGCUGCAAGGAAUAAACAAGCCAGUAAGGAAAAGACAGGAGAGAAACUGGAUUAGUGACCUUGACCUUGUAAAAGUGUGACUUUGACAAACUUUGAUUUAUAACUUUGACCAAAAUAUGAUAUUAAAUAAUUUUAGAUAAAAAAACAGCUGAUAUUAACGUUCUUUUAUCCUUUGUAUAUUUACUUUUCGUCUUUUAUUUUCUACAUCCUAUUUAAAUAGUACUACAUGUAUUAUAUUUUAUUGUACAUUCGUGUUUUUCACUUGACUAACAGCAAUACUGCGAUGUUUUAUAUGUAGAUUUUAGAUCAGUUUUAGAACAUUAACUUUUUCUUACAUAUAGCUUUUAUCGGAGUAUAUUAGUAUGCAUUUUAUAUACAGCACACUUUGUGCAAUUGUUUACAGGCAUUAUGCUUAUUAACUGUAAAGGUACAAACCUUAUUUCUCACCAAUAUUUCCAUUUUGGUCAAGGUCACUGAAAAUGGACCAGUUUGAUAUUUGAUAUUUUCAGUAAAACUGCUUGUUAGCAAGUGGGGAAAAAAAAUGCAAAAAUGCAAAAAUGCAAAAAAAAAAAUUGCAAAAAUGCAAAAAAAAAAAAAAUGUUAACAACAGUGUGAAUUUAUUUGUAGUGGUAAGAAUUUUUGAACUUAGAAUUUUCUGGAUUUUAUUAAAUGUUCAAUUGUCUUUUUAUUUCAAUGUCAUCAACUUUGUUUAAAUAUUACUUUAAGAUAUACACUCAUAUGUAACAUGCAUUUAUAUUUUUUAUAAGAUUAAAGAUCUAAAGUAGCA